AGUUCACCAUUAUCACCAGGCUAUGGCAACCUGCAUAUGGACUCGCUACAGCCGCCUUCGCCGCGGAGCAUGCACGCCAGAGCAGCAAGCAACAACACCCGGAGAGCACGAGACAACUCACUGAAGCUUCCAUCUCUACCGCGGUUCCAUCCAGCCAACUUCCCUUCAGCGCAAAGCAGCUUGCAAAACACACCUUCAGAAAGGCCUUCGCCCAUGGGUCCCAUGUCACCACGGACCCAUCAGCGCAUGCUCAGCGAUGCGCAGAAGCAACUAUACAACUACCAGCGCGAGUCAGUGACGGCUGCCCAUCGUAACGCCUCUCCGAACCGAACGGACAAGCCUGAUAGUCCGCGACUAGAGCCGCUGGGAAGUCCAGGCCCGGUGACACCACUAGAACUCGAAGGUGAGGAUGGGUAUCUGAUGGCUGGAGUACGGAGCGCUAGUGAAGAGGGUCCGUCCUCGGAGGAGGUGGUGGAGAAGUUGAUUCGGGAGGAGGCUCGGCGACGGCGGGAC